CUCUGUGACUCUGCCUUUGAGCUCUGCGCGUUUUAAUACGAUGGUGUCCCCACGGGGUCAAAUUUCAGCGUCACAGCUGGGGACUGGCUUCGCGGUCCCCGAUGGGAGAGCAGGAGCAGGUGGUAUGUGCGACCCUCUUCUGGCCGGCCUGCCCCGGGACCCCGACUUCUCCAGGCCCUGCCUCUGCUCCCCUCCCUCACCCUCCAACGUGGGUUUACCUGCUAACAGGAAGAGUGACACGUACUCGGCCUCUUCCUCGGACAAGACCUUGGAUUAUAUGGUUCACUGGUCCAGGACCCCGGAGCCAGACGCCUUGGGGCCGGCUGCUUCCGAGAACACAGUGACCAGUGGAGACUGGAAGGCAGGGAGGGACUCGAGGCCUCGGUCGCACGGGUCUCCCCUCGUCCCCAACCCAGACUCACAGGAGCAUUGUAAUGACCAGGACCUUCUGAAGAGGCAACACAACGUCAUCACUAAGAAGCCCUUGGAGACCAACUCUUCCAAAGUCAAAGUUAAGUCCCUCAUGAUGAUUCCCGACUCGCAGAAGCUCCUGCGAUGCGAGCUGGAGUCCCUCAAGACCCAGCUACAGGCCCAGACCAAGGCUUUCGAGUUCCUAAACCACUCAGUGACCAUGCUGGAGAAGGAGAGCUGUCUGCAGCAGAUCAAGAUCCAACAGCUUGAAGAGGUGCUGAGCCCCCUGAACCGCCAGACGGACAAGGAAGGUCACAAGUGGGGCACGGAGCAGGGCCGGGAGGAGCUGUAUGGGGCGCUGGCGCAAGGCCUGCAGGGGCUGCGGAAGACCCUCCGGGACAGUGAGGAGGGGCAGCGGGCCCGCACCACCCGCUGCCUGCAGCUGCUGGCCCAGGAGAUCCGGGACAGCAAGAAGUUCCUGUGGGAGGAGCUGCAGCUGCUGCGGGAGGAGGUGACCUUCAUCUAUCAAAAGCUUCAGGCGCAGGAGGAGGAGAUCACAGACAACCUGGUGAACAUCCAGAAGAUGCAGAAGACGCAGGUGAAGUGCCGCAAGGUCCUGACUAAGAUAAAGCAGCAGGGGUGUGAGACAUCCAGCUGGCCAGAGACCGAGCAGAUGCCACCAGGAGGCAAUGGCUCCUGGAGGGAUGACCUCCAGAAGGAGCUGAGUGACAUAUGGUCCGCUGUGCACGUGCUGCAAAACUCCUUUGACAGCCUCACCCUGUCCUCGGGGGGCCACCCCAGGGCCGCAAGCCUCAGAGGCUACAAGGGACACCGAUGCCUGAGCCCACCACUUCCCUCCUGGGAUUCAGACUCGGACUCUGACCCGGACCCUUCCCAGGCACGGUUCAGCAAGAACUGCUCCUUCCCACCUGGUGCGGAUCCUCCUCUGCCCCACCCAUCCUUCCCCUCCUGGCCUGCCCUGCAGUCCCACAGUCUGCACCCUCCCAGCUCCCAACCUGGCGUCUGCUUCCUCACCUCCAGCCCUGGGGUCCCCGGGACCGGGCCAGGCUCCGACCCCCCCUCUGUCUCCGCAGCCUGA